AUGGCCAAAAUAAACCCAAAAUGUGGUGGGGAUGCAGCCGCAGCUUGUUGGCCUACUACAGUUGCGAACACCCCAAAAUCCACGCCAGUCACCAUUCAACCCGACCUUCCAAGUAUCACAGAUCUCACCUGUGAUUCUCUCCCUCCUCUGUCCCCAUAUCCCCCGACACCCACUCACCAGGCACUUCAAAGACUAUUACCGGUCUUGAGAGUACACUCUCAAAUACCGGUGCCGUCACUAGAGAGUGUACACUCUCAAAUACCGGUACCGGUCACUAGAGAGUGUACACUCUCCAAUACCGGUACCGUCACUAGAGAGUGUACACUCUCAAAUACCGGUACCGUCACUAGAGAGUGUACACUCUUGAAGACCGGUACCGGUUGCUGGAGAACACGCACUCUCAAGGACCGGAACGGUCACUGA